AUGAACCUUGAAGACUCUUUGAACAGAAGAAAAGAAGCGGAUCCUAUUCGAAGUGAUGAAGACUCCAACGGUGUUGAUUAUAAUGUAUUGGAAGGAAAGAAAGCUGUUAUGAAUAAUUUGUCCGAACGGAACGAAAUGCUGCCCACAAAACACGAUUUUAUUUAUGAUGAAGAAAUGGACCUUCCUGAGGAACAAAUUGAAUCUUAUUCAUGGGAUUCUGAUGAAUGUGAAUUUUAA